AUGAAGCCUAUUGUUGUCCGGAACAAGUACCAAUUGGACCUCCGGCUGGGCGGCGGCUCUUAUGGCGAAGUGUAUCAAUGUCACAACAUCCAAACAGGACAAGAAGUCGCUUUAAAGCUCGAGUAUAACCAAAUAAGUCCUUCACACCUUGAGAAUGAAGUCGAAAUCUACAAUGAACUCGCCGGUGUGCCGGGCAUCCCUCAGGUAUACUGGCAUGGAUACGAAUGCGAGUUCAGGGUGAUGGCAUUUGAGCUUCUCGGACCAAAUCUAGAGAACCUCUUCAACUACUGUAGUCGGAGGUUCUCGCUGAAGACAGUGCUGAUGCUGGCGGAUCAGCUUAUCCCUCGAUUCCAGUGCAUUCAUUCCAAAGGGUACAUCCACAGGGAUGUCAAACCGGACAAUCUGCUCAUGGGCGACGGCAAGCAAGGAAAUACAGUCUACAUGACUGAUAUUGGCCUGGCCAAGGAAAUUGAAGGCGGAGAUCGGCAAAGCUAUCCUGUGGUUGGGACACUGCGGUACGCCAGCAUCAACGCACACUUAGGGAAAGAGCAAUCCCCUCAUGAUGACAUAGAAUCACUUGGAUAUGUCUUCCUUUAUUUUCUUCGGGGUUCUCUCCCGUGGCAGAGCCUGAAGGCCAAAUCACCGGAGAAAGAGACAAUGAUCUUGGAGAGAAAACAGCAUGUGCAAGAGGACGAUCUCUUCGAUGGUGUUCCAGAGGAAUUCAAGAAGUAUUUCGAGCACGUCCGGUCCGGGGAGAAACUCGACUACAGCUAUUUGCUCCGCUUGUUCCGCAAUCUGUUCCGCCGUAAGGGCUUCGAGUAUGAUUAUGUCUUCGACUGGACUAUACUAAAGUUUCUAGAAGAACCUGAAGGGAAACAGAAGAGCAGUUAA